AUGCAGGUACAGCUCCUUUGCAGCCUUGUGGCGGCGGCCUCUUUGACUUUGGCAGACUCGUCGAACGCUGCUCCGGCCACUCUCCAGAACGUCAACUAUGGCGCCUUCACGCAGACAGCCACCUACUCCAUAGCCAAUCAGCUGGGCUUCUUCACGGCCUAUGGACUCAAUGUUACAUACCUCCAGGUACCCAACUCCACCUACGGCUACGCACAACUGCUCAAUGGCGGCUACGACAUCAUCACUGGCACAAUCGACAAUGCCGUCAACCUGCGAUUCAAUUCGAAGAACAACCUCACCGUGAUCGGUCAGCUCGACCAGGGUCCUGAAUUGAGCAUUGCUGCCAUCCCUAACAUUACGGAUCCCACGCAGCUACAGGGCCUGUCCUUGAUGGUCGACUCACCUGUUAGCGGCUAUGCAUACAUCUUGAGAAAAGUGCUCUCCCUCUAUGGCUUGUACCUUGAGAAGGGCGACUACACUUUCCAGACUGUCGGCUCGACCAACAUUCGCUAUGCAGACCUCGUCGCUGGCCACUUGCCAAAUGGCACUCCAGUCUAUGCCACCAUCUUGACCUACCCAUUCACCAGCGAAGCAAUGGCAGUCGUGCCUACCACCCAAAGACCAAACAUCAUCGCCAGGGUUACAGACUUCAUCCAGCCCUUCUCGUCCUCCGCCUUCACCAUACGUGAAGCGGCGCUGGGCAACAGCACCGAGCGCGCUAUCAUCCGCUGUUUCAUGGCAGCCAUGUACGCUGCCAACCAGUACCUUGCAAGCGAAUCGCAGAAAUCGCAAAAAUGCAGCAUCGGGGCCAUCGCCGCCCAGCUGAACGUCUCCACCGCUGUCGCAACAUCGGCGUACAACUCAGCCAUCGACCCGCUGACUGGUGAGACAUCAAACCCAGGUGGCAACUUCACCGUCAACCGCCAAGGGCUGCUGAAUGUCAUCGAUGUGCGAAGUCAGUUUGGUGGUUUCGCCUCGGUGCCCGCUCAUUUCAACUACGCCCAAGCUAUUGUGCCGGGAGCUGGAAAGUUGAUUGAUUACACGGUGACUGAUGAAGCGAUUGCCGCAACGAAUAGUUACAAGCCGAAGGGCAAUUGCUCAUGA